AAAUGGCAAGAUUUGAACUACUGCAAUGAUUUUACGAGCUCAGACAAUUGACUCCGCCAGUGCGCAUGCUCAGACAGUAAAGAGUGUUGUUCGUCACUAUGGCAACAAGACUAUUAAACCUUUCGGGGCCGUAGGGGGAGUGGAAGCAGAUUAUGUGCACAGGUGUUGCUUUGGAGACUUCCACGAGUUUGUGGACCACCUAGAUGGAGACGAAGAGUCCGUAAAUAAACGCGUUUCCUGCGCAGGAGGAUUCUGGAGGAUUCUGUGGUUGAUUAUGACUGAGACUGUUUACACAAACUCUCAGGAGGAGUAUGAAGAUGACUUUGAGAAGGAUCUCGACUGGUUAAUAAGUGAGGAGAGUCGAAGUGAGGAUCAGGGAUCCAAUUAUGACGACAUAGAGGCAGAAAUAGACAAGGAGCUGGAAGUGGAUGAGAAGCAGCUGGAAGGGAAAAGAAAAGGGAAAACAGGGAAAAAUGCAGCAGAAGAAGAAGAGGAGAAGUGGCCUCCUCCCAUGGAGCCGCUGGAGUACGACUCAGACAGAGAUAGCCCCGGGAAAUUGUUACCCACCGUACCGCCUCCUCCAGAGACGGAGGGUCAGACAGACGAGGAGAAGAAGUACAUACUGGAGAAGAUCCAGCGGGCCAACAGGGAGCUGCAGGAACAGGAGACGCCAGAUAUCACCAGACGGAGGAGGAGACUUCAUUUUAAAGAAAAGCUGGUGGAUUUGGUGGUUCCUCCGUCGCCGCUUGAGAAAGGCGGCAAUAAUGGGGAGGGAAAAGGCAACAAGGACAAAACUAGAGUUCCAAGUAUCAAUGCUGAAGUGUUAGAGAAGAUGUCUGAGUUAAAACUUUCCCCACGUUUCGAAAGCAUCAAUGAAGGAUUAAAGGAAGAGUUGGGGCCGAGAGAGGGUAAAGUGCUCAUCGAGAAGGAUGGCAAGUUUGAUCUGGUGAGCAUGAAGGAUGUGGAGAGUCAGGGCCUUCUUCCUCCAAUAGCGUCCAGCUUCAGGAGCGACUCCUCCUCAGCCUUUCAGCUGCAGCAGAGCGGGAGCCUCCGAAAGAGCCCCAGCUCCUCCUCUUCCUCUCUGCGACUCAGCGCCGGCUCCUCCUCCUUCCACCUGGGUCAGCUCCAGACCCCCAGGCCGCCAACCCAGUCCAGGAUCAGGCCCAGCUCGGCCAGCCACAGGCAGGCAGGCGGUCAGAGGAAAGCCAGCAAGAGGCGGGUCCAGUCUGCCACCGGGACGCCCUGUCAGGCCACGUUCACGCUGUCCCCCCAGCAGAAGGAGCUGCUGCAGAGGGUUCAGGAGAGGAAGGACAAGCUGGCCAAAGAGGCGGAGCAGAGAAAACAAGAGGAGGAGGAGCUGAAGCGGCAGGAGAACGAGCAGGCUUUUAAAGCCUGGGUGAUGAGGAAGAGGGAGCAGCUUCAGGAGGAGAAACGGAUCCAUCGAGCUCAAGAGAUCGAGAGGAUCAACUGUAAAAGAGAAUCAGCUGACCCAGAUGAAGCCUUCAGGCUGUGGCUUCAGAGGAAACACGAUCAGCAGCAGAAAGAAAGACAGCUUGUUAAGAUGAAGAGGCUGGAGGAGGACAGCAGCUACUUGUUACACAGCCGUGAGGAGUGUGAACGUGCCUUUAAACUCUGGCUGAGACGGAAGCGGGCAGAGAAGCUAGCCGAGCAGCAGGCUGCUCGAGAGCACUCCCGCAGGCUGGUGCUGGAGGAGCGGCGCCUUCGUCGUACCAGAGACCUGAUGUGCACCAUCAAUGAGACCAAACCCUUCAGGUUCACGGAACAGCUGGCCUAUCAGUUCUGAGCUAAAUUAUGCUAUAACAAAAAAUGAUGACACACAUGCAAAAAUGCAAUAUUUUUUUCUGUAUGUAUAUUUUAUUUGUCUAAUUAUAUUCUUGUAUUUGUACACAUUUUAAAAUAGUUAACCGCAGUGACCUCAUCUCAGUGUAAAUAUGUCUAGUAUACUUUCUUUACUCAUAUUAAGUAACUAACUUAUUUUAACUUUCAGGAGCAUCUUUAUAAAUUCUAAUUUGAAUUAUUUUAUUUAAUUUCGUCUAUAAAUUUCAAGUGUAUAAAUCUAUAAACUGAUUCAUUCAUUUAGUUUUGAUCUUUAUACCUUAUUUUGAAAAAUAUGGUAGAAAAGAUGCACAAGGACAAAAUAAUUGCAGCACUGAGAGGAUUAAGAAAAGAAAAAUAGAUGGAAAUGAGGAGAGUCAUUAGAAGUGGUUAAGAGAGAAACAUUAUCCACAGAUGUGUCCAGGAACCUGAAACGACGUCAGAUCUGUUGGAUCUG